AUGCGCACCAUUAUACCACGCAGCAUCGUCGGCAUCGACUCCUCGACUCGCAUUCCAACCCCGAAUCUCCCGCCGCCUUAUACCUCAGGUACAUGGGCCGGGCAGUCAAGGCCGACCGAUCCAUCCGAACUCACCGCUACCAGUAAACUUCUUAUCGGACCCAAAUCAACACCCUUCCUCAUUCACACCAGGCUUUUAACAGCACAAUCUUCGUACUUCCGCGUCGCGCUCACAGGGCCCUUUGCUGAAUCUACCGCGAACACUAUUACGCUCGACGAUGUAUCAGUCGAUCAUUUCCAACUCGUCAUAUCAUGGCUCUACAACGGUAUUCUGACUGCGCCGUUCAAGGACGGCAAACCAGCAUACUACACGCUCCUCCACGUGUACGUCCUCGCAGACCGUUUUGCACUCGAGGGUCUACGCAACGCCGUCCUAGACAUGAUGAGUGAUUUAUCAGACCGCACGAAUAGCGUUUUAACCCCCUCUGAUACACGCAUCUUAUACGGCGGUAUCCGAGACUCUGCGCCACUGCGACGCCUCGUGCUGGACCUUUUUGCGUUUAAGAAGACGGAUCGGCUACUGGAGAUGCACGGGGAUUGGCGCUCGGGAGGCAUAGGUUGA